GAACAGCAAGCUACCCUCAAGGCUCUCAUUGAUCAAGUGGCUGUCUUAUAAUUGUCUUUGACACAAAUUGCACAAGAGCGCACAAACCACCCUGAUGAUCAGAACUCCGGGAAGGGCGACACAUCUGUACGUCAAUGGCUACCACCGGCGGCACAUCAUCAAUGAUAAAGAAGAACGCGAUCCCCAGCCCUUUUUUUGGGGUGAAAUUAGCUCGGCUAGAAUUCCCUACCUUCGCUAGAGGGGACCCCACCGUCUGGUUCUCCCGAGUCGAACAAUUCAUCGAAUUCCAAGAUGUCCCAGAAGAGCAAAGGGUGAAUCUAGCGUCGUACCACCUAGAAGGCGAUGCGAAUCAGUGGUGGCAGUGGCUCCGGCGCACCUACCGCACAGAGGGGCUUCGUAUCACUUGGGACACCUUCUCGUACGAGCUGUGGUCGCGAUUCAGAGAUACUGCAGGCACCAGCUUCGACGAGGCCCUCUGGGGGAUUCGUCAAAUGGGAACUCUCACUGAGUACUUGACGGAGUUUGAGAGUCUGGGCAUCCGCGUUCACGGUUGGACGCAACAUGCGUUGGUCGGCACCUUCAUGGGUGGUCUUAAACCGGAGAUUGCGGAUUGGGUCCGCAUCUUUGGCCCUCGGACAUAGAAGGACGCCAUCAACCUCGCACGAGCAUGGGAUGAGCAGAUCGACCGGUAUCGUAGUCCGCCGCGCCAACAGCCCAGUCCGCUCUAGAUUAUAUCACCCCUCCCAGACCGAAACCACGGGCCACCUUCUGGUCUCGACCUCGACACAAUUCAUAGUCGUCGCGUCGCGGGACUUUGCUUCAAUUGCGACGAGCUCUUCACGCCGACUCACCGUUGCGCGAAGCCUAGGUUGAUGAUGUUGCAGGAUGAAGAAAACGAGGCAGACCACUUCAUUCAUCUCGACAUUGAGGACAAUGCCACUUCUUCUGGGGGCGGUAAUGAUGAGCCCACUCGCCAUUCAGUUCGGCCCAUCCGUUGUUCUAACCGUACGCCUUAGUCCAACUCUCGUUACCGUGACUAUGACUAUGAGUAGCCCAUCACCAAUCGAGCUUGCCGUUGUAGACGUAGGAGUAGCUUCUGGGAUUUGUUAUGUGAGUUUGUUAUGUUGAAUGAGUCCUGCCACUAGGUUAGGAGCAGUAGUUAUUAGCUGAGUCAAUAAGUCAUUCCUCUCUCUUAAGUGGACCACGAAUUGGCAAUAAUUAGAGAGGGAAGAUAAUUCCACUUUAAUAAGAUUUUAAGUUUCGA